CCGUUUGUCCUCCGUCCGUUCAGCGAAACAGAGGUCAGAGCAGCACUCGAGAGCGAUCGUCCCAGGAUGCGAGCUUUCAACAGACUUCUAUCAUCUGUACGGAUUGUGUCCGAGCACACAUUUGGGCGACUCAAGGGGCGCUUCCCAUCACUCAAAGACUUGGGCCCUCAUGUCGAUCUCGAAGAUCUGUACGAUGUCCUCGAGGCGCUCAUCAUCCUCCACAAUAUCUGCAUCGAUUGGGAUGAUAGACCCGAGAAUAUCUGGAGCUUUGAUCCAGACGAUCCACCACGCAGUAAUGAGGAGAUGCCUCCUGACGUUGACGGUGACAUGUAUAACAUUUGCGCCAACAUUACGGGAGGAAGUAGAGUACCGUUGUACGAGACAGAUGCAUGGCUUAAGGAAGAAGGGUAUCGCAAGCGUUGGGCAAUUCUUAAUGAAUUAUUUCCAUGA